CGAGGGCUGGAUUCCCACUGGGAGGAGUGAGCCGGGAGAAGCCAGUGCUGCUGCACUUCUGGAAGAUGACAUGCUGAUGGGGAGCUUGAGAUACGCGGCUCCAGCUGGGAUCCUGGAGCUGCUCAUGCUCCUUGGCACCGCUGAUGGUCAGUCCAAGCUGACCUCUGAGCAGAAUGCCAUCAGCCUCUCCCCUGGCAAGUACCGCCACCUCGACCGUGCCACCAAYGAAGAGCUGACCUGUGACAAAUGUCCUGCAGGAACCUACGUGUCUAAGCACUGUACAAAGAGUACCUUAAGAGAGUGCAGCCCUUGUCCAGAMGGGACCUUUACCAAGCAUGAGAAUGGCAUAGAGCGGUGCCACCCUUGUAGGAAACCCUGCGAACUGCCAAUGAUCGAGAAAACUCAUUGUACUGCCUUGACUGACCGCGAGUGCACUUGCCUGUCUGGUACRUUUCAGACGAACGAUACCUGCGUCCCUUACACGGUGUGCCCGGUCGGCUGGGGCGUCCGCAAGAAAGGAACCGAGACCGAAGACGUCAGGUGCAAGCCGUGCCCUCGUGGUACCUUUUCUGAUGUGCCUUCUAGUGUGAUGAAGUGCAAACCCUACACUGACUGCUUUGGGAAAAACAUGGUGGUCAUCAAGCCAGGGACUAAGGAGAGUGACAACGUGUGUGGUUCCCCGGCGUCCCUUCCGAACACAGCUUUGACUUCAUCGAGCACCGAAGCGGGCGAGCAGCCCUAUGAAGUUCCACCAACCGCUGAUCUUCCCAAAGGUCUGAACUCUUCAGUUCCUGAUUUUGUCCCCUCUCCAGCGCCGCGCGCGUCCAGCAGCAUGGUGGAGCGGGCACGGUACUACAACGAAACCUCAGCCAACGAGACGGACGGCGUCGGCRGGACCCUCGUGGGCACCGGCACCACCAGCCAGGCCCAGAGCUACCGGCACAAGCAGAGCAGCCAAGCGCUGGAGAAGCAGCCAUCCCUGGAGAUGAUGGGGGGCGAGAAGCCCAGCGUCCCAUACAGGCCCCCCCGGCGGGGCUCGCAGAACGUCCACCAGCACUUCGACAUCAACGAGCACUUGCCGUGGAUGAUCGUCCUCUUCCUGCUGCUGGUCCUGGUGGUGAUCGUCGUCUGCAGCGUCAGAAAGAGCUCACGGACUCUGAAGAAGGGACCCCGGCAAGAUCCCAGUGCCAUUGUGGARAAAGCUAUUAUGAAAAAAUCCACCACCCCCACGCAGAACAGGGAGAAGUGGAUCUAUUACUGCAACGGGCACGGCAUCGACAUCCUCAAGCUGGUGGCRGCGCAGGUGGGCAGCCAGUGGAAGGACAUCUACCAGUUCCUGUGCAACGCCAGCGAGCGCGAGGUGGCGGCUUUCUCCAACGGCUACGCGGCCGACCACGAGCGCGCCUACGCCGCCCUGCAGCACUGGACCAUCCGCGGGCCCGAGGCCAGCCUGGCCCAGCUCAUCAGCGCGCUCCGCCAGCACCGCCGCAACGACGUGGUGGAGAAGAUCCGCGGCCUCAUGGAGGACACCACGCCGGUGCAGAUGCAGCCCCAGUGGCAAGCGCCGGAGCCUGGCAACGAGGACGUCAAGCUGGAAGGUGACAAGCUGGCACUGCCGGUGAGCCCCAGCCCGGUGAGCCCAGCGCCCACACCCAGCCCCAAGCCCCCCGARGCGGCCGUGCUCACCGUGGAGCCCUCCCCUUCGGAGAAGAAAUGCUUCUUUGUGGACGAAGCUGAGCCUCUCCUGCGCUGCGACUCCACCUCCAGCGGCUCCUCCGCGCUCAGCCGGACUGGCUCUUUUAUUACCAAAGAAAAGAAGGACACCGUCCUGCGCCAGGUGCGCCUGGACCCGUGCGACCUGCAGCCCAUCUUUGACGACAUGCUGCACAUCCUCAACCCCGAGGAGCUCCACGUCAUCGAGGAGAUCCCGCAGGCCGAAGACAAGCUGGACAGGCUAUUUGAGAUCGCCGGAGUCAAGAGCCAGGAAGCCAGCCAGACCCUCCUGGACUCUGUCUAUAGCCACCUUCCCGAUUUAUUGUAGGAACUGGGUCACCACACGCUCUCUGAAUAUCUGCUAGAGCUAGCUUGGCACUCGUUAAGAUGACCAACAAUACGCAGGCAGGUUUUGUUGUAGAAUAUACGGCCAGUAUUUUCGUUGAGGUGUCCUUGGUUUUUGGAGGGGGUGCAGUUUGCCAGCGUUGCACCCCUCCACCGUAACUCUAUCGCUCAGUCCAAGUCUUUGCACCCUCUGCCCCCUCCCCRAGCCUCUCUUCUCCUUGUUCUCAUUCCAAUCAGAUCAGCCGAUGCACUUUAAAAAAAAAAAGAAAACAAACAAAAAAACAAAAACAAAACUGCAGUUAAUGAACUAAAAAACCACGAAUCUGGUGUAAUCUAACACAUCAAACCAGGGAUUACUCUGUAACSCCCUUCCUCUGUCAAAGCUGUCACUCGGAGUGACCGUCUCCCACCACCUCCCUUCACCUCGGGGCAGUAAAUGGCAAAAACACGCAAAAAACCCACCCCGAUCAUUGCUGGUUACUGUCUCUUAACGCAGCUAAGCUUCCCACCCGAGCUGACUCUUUUUUUUUUAAAUGUACUCUCGUUUGGCUCAUAUCCAUUGCUGAGAUUUUACUAGCACGGUUAUUUAUUGUAUGGUUUUCACCCGGACAACGCAUCGCGCUCCUAAAUACGCUACAGCAGAAGCGCUUAAGGAAAAAGGUCAAGCCCCACCAACCUUGGAGGCGAUGGAAAGUUCCUUUGCCUCCAGAAUGUAAGGAGUUAUCCCACCUUGGCAAGCGUGGGAGUGGUGGGGCCCCCGAAAGGAGCCGGUGCUGGACGUGGGGAGGCGAAGGCCGCCGGUGGUCGCGCUCUCCUCGUGCUGUAAGACUUAAACCAAGCUAUGCUUUUACACUYGUGUCUCUUGUUUUUUAUACAGACGUGGCCGAUAAGUUUCUCCRAAGACCUUAUGUGGUCUCAAUAGUCUCUUCAAAUCACACUUCACUUUUUAUUAAAAGAGGU